CCGCAAUAUAAUCGCAACCUCUACUGCGUACACUUACGAGUGUAAAUGUCUAUGUCAGUUAUUUUAUCUUAUAACCAUUUCAUAAUUUCUGGGGACACCAUUAAUCAUUACGAAUCAUUAUGAAUCAUUAUGAAUCAUCAUGAAUCAUUAUGAAUCAUUAUGAAUCAUUAUGAAUAUGUAAAGACCACCAGCGAAGUAAGUAUUAGCAUAUUAACACUCAUGUGGCUGUUUGUUGGUAUAGGACUUAUGGACAAUAUUUGUCAAUAUUGCUCUGCUGUAUAAGAAUUUUGCUUGUCAGUAUUAUUUGUCGCAUCUUAAACUUUCUGUUUAUGUGAUGUGGUGAUGGUUUCCUUGGUAACUGUCGCGACUGGUGGUAGGCGAGCAGGCAGGCGAGGAUUCAGGACACGAGAGUUUAUUACGGGGAAUCGAGGGAAGAACAGGGCAGACAGCGACAAACAUCAAUGACAGAUCUGGGGAUACAAACUCUGACGUGGACUUAAAUGCACAAGACUAAGGGACGGAAAUGCAGAACGGAUGAGAACAAUCGGGAAUUCACAUGAGGUAACGAGGGGGGCGUGGCACACAGGAGGAUCGUACGAGCAGGUAAUGACGGUAACUUUUAUUAUGUAUGCUAUUGCAGGGGAGUAUAGUAACUUAUUAAUCCAUGAUUGUUAGCUCUGAGGCCUUUAUUUAAUGUGAUUAUGCAUGACAGUGUUUCCCAAUACGGAUGUGGACUGACUGGGAGGGAGCAAAAACAUGGACCGGUUGUGGGUCCCCAAGGACUGGAUUGGGAAACACUGAUGCAUAGUAUAAACUGUGUAUAUUUAUGGACAGUAAUAAACAUUUGUUCCAUCCAUUGUCCAUAACUGCUGAUGAUGUACAGGGUUGGGGUGAUCCUGGAGCCUUUCCCAGUAAAAUGCACAAGGACCCUUGUAAGAGACAUCAGUUCACCUAACCGCAUGUUUUUGGACGUCGCAUGUUCACACAGGUUCAAUAAGCAUGGCAUGGAUCUGAACCGGAACUUCCCAGAUGCCUUCCAGGGCAACAUGGAUAUGGCACGUGAAGUGGAGGUGCAGGCGGUGAUGGACUGGCUACAGACGGAGCCCUUCGUCCUGUCCGCCAACCUGCAUGGGGGCGCUGUGGUGGCCAGUUAUCCAUACGACAACAGCAAUGAAGGAAGUGAGCUGCAGUCGGGCUCUAGUGUCUCCCCUGACGAUGACGUCUUCAUCCACCUGGCCAAGACCUACUCAUUCACACACAAGAGCAUGCAUAACGGUAACAGCUGUUACGACUUGAAGAACUUCAAGGAUGGCAUCACCAAUGGCUUUAACUGGUAUCCUCUUAAAGGAGGGAUGCAGGAUUACAAUUACAUCUGGGACCAGUGUUUGGAGCUCACACUGGAGCUGUCCUGCUGCAAGUACCCCCCCGAGACUGACCUGCCAGGACUCUGGGAGGACAACAAGCAGGCUCUGCUGGCCUACAUGCAGCUGGUCCACCUCGGUGUGAAGGGCCAGGUGCUGGAUUCCAGGGGAACUCCGGUGAAGAAUGCCAUUGUAGAGGUACAGGGCAGAAACAACCUGUGCCCCUUCAAGACUGACCGCAAUGGGGAGUUCUACAGGCUACUUCUUCCCGGCAAUUACACCUUCAAGGUGACGGCUCCAGGUGAGGAGCCCCUUACUGAGACCCUGUCCAUCCCGUACGGACCGGACAGGUACUCCGCCCUCACGCACAACUUCAUAACCCCUUGGCGCAGCGGCAGCCCGCAAACCACGCAGCCGACGGAGACCUGCGGCCUGAUUCUGCGCAACACGGAUCUCAGCAACAGGGGCGCCUUCUUGGACAGACCCCUCGCACUCCUGCUGCCACUGCUGCUCUGCAGACUGCUUCUGUGAGAAGCACCAUCAUACUGCUGACUUGGUCACGUGACACGAUCACGUGACAUUUGAGCUUUUUUAAUGGACUGUUUUAAUAGUCCUUCAUUUGCGUAGUAAAAGAGCUUUUUUUAGUUAAAAAAAAUGUCUAGACUUUCAUGCAGUGGCAGUGGAACGGAAGUUUGGAAGGAGCAGCAAUGAAGAAACUUUCUAUAAGAUCCCCAGUGGAUGACUUUACCAGUGUGUUAAACAGGGACACCCCUCCUUAUCAGUGCAUUUUUGACAUCCAGGAAUAACACCUCUAGUACCAGAAAGAACAUAGAUCUUCAUGAGAGCCGGGGUCAUUGAACCUUGCGAUGUGAAUCUCACGCUUCCCAUCUGCAGGCCCCCUGGUGUCUGACUGAGCACAUGCCUGUGCAGAAGUGCUACAGCAAUAACAACAGCAUGACAGUGUGCUGACAGAGGAAUCAAACAGGGCCAUCAUGGGCUAGCACAAGGUAACUCAACUUUGGCCAACUAAGAUCACCCAAACAUAAAAGGAAGUAUUUAUUUGAAGGAUUAUUCUACUUGGAACACAAUUAUUCACAGCAGAACAGAUUAUGGUGAAGAAAGCUAAGACGAAAAAGAAACAAUUAUUAGAGUUUUGCUUUUUUAUUACAUUAUUCUAUAUUCCUUACUGAUUCCCGUAAUAUAGGCCUACUUUAAACUUUCAAUUUCUAAUUUUCUUAUUGUUGUAAAUCCUUUUCAGUAAUAAUACUUUAAGCAGAUAGUGUAAAAAUCCUUUUUAUUUAUAAAAUUUACUUUUACCUACACCUGUCUUUAAAUUAUUAAUUUAGUAUAGAUGCUAUUUAACAUUAGCGUUGUUUUGUAAAUAUAUUCAAAUAUACACAUUUUUUGUUUAUCUCAGAAAAUAUUUAUCUGAAUCACCAACAGUGCAUGCUUCCAUUAUGUGUAAUUCUAUAUAAUUUAGAUUUUUUAUAGCUAAAUAAGGUUAAGUCAUUUAAUGUGUACUCUGAAUAAUCACGCAAUUGUAUCAUUAUAACUACUACAUGAGGCACCCCUCAUAUAUUUUAGCAUAAUUUAACUUUUACCACUGAUGACUAUACUAUAUGUGUAUUAGUAUAGUUAUUAGUGAGGCGACAUAGCAAGUUUUCUGGCUGCGUCAUAGCGUGGAAUGAGGAUAUUGGCGAACAAUCUCUGAUCAGCGAGUAACUUCUGAGAAGCUGCAAUGUUUGGGGAAGCACUUCCCAGCUGAGUAUAUGACACCCAGGGUGUCAGCAGCUGCUGCAAAAUAUCUCUACAAAGUCUCAAAUGCUUUUGACAGCACCUGUGGGGAAUCUGUGCCCCUGACAAAAAUCACAGAAAAGAGGAGAUUUAAAAGACAACUGGAGAUUAUCAUUUUUAUCUUGCCUGUCAAUCUUCUCGUGUCCCUUGGAGAUCACUGCAUCUCUCACUGCGGAUUGCAGGGACACAGUAUAAAGCUUCCUGCUCCCGCCUCAUACCAGCACUGCUCUUCAUUGCUGCAUUUUUGCAGAAUGACUGGGAUCGCGAUGUUUAUGGAACAGACCAUUAUCCUCAUCAUUUACUAGUCUAGUCUGCCAAUUGACAUUUGUAGGCACUGUUUAUAUGUUCUCUGUAGGCAAGAUUGAGCUUUAUUCUUGCAAAACCUUUCUCUCAAAUUAUUUCUGUGCGGUAAUGAGACACAUUGGCAUUCUUAUUCAGGAAAUGAUGAAUUUAUACUGUUUGUGUAAGUUAUAAUACAGCAACUAUUGCCAUGCCAAAUGCACUUUCAGAUUGUAGUACAAAACAUGAGCAAUAUCCUGGUAAAAACUUGAUAUUUCAUAGAUCAUUUCUUUCUGACCUCCAGUACAGACCGAGAGGGCAGCUCCGGAGCACAGGGAGGUAUUCAAUAAUCCACAAGGAAACCUAACUCAGCUUUUCAGUAGGCCAAACCUCAGCCAUUCUACCUCACCUCACAAACUAUUUGUUGCUGUUCCAAUGGAAAGCGUACUGUGCCUUUAAUAAAUAAUUUUCACCAUAAAUACCUGUAGUCAUUUAUACCAACUAAUUACAGGUCCAAAAGCCCAUACUAACAUUUAUGAAGCAUGUUUACUGGCAUGCAGAGUACCAGUCAAAAUUCUGGACAACACCUGCUUAUAAUGCAUUUUCUGUUAGCCAUAUUAUUCACUUUAUUAUAAAUGUAAAAAUUAAAUAAAAUAUCAAAUAUUGCAGCAAGGGAAAUGUUCAAAAUCUCAAAAUUUUCUCAAAUUUUAGACUCUUCAAAACACAGUAGUCUCCUUUUGCUGUGAUGACAGCAGUCUCUCUGCAUUCUCUCUACCAGCUUCCAGAUGUAGCCACCUGGAAUGCUUCUCCAACAGUCCUAAAGAGUUUUCACAAGUUCUGGGCACAGGUUGACUACCUUGCUCUUACUUGUCAAUCCAAUUAAUCUCUAACCAGCUCCAUAUGGCUUACGUCGGGGGAUUGUGGGGGCCAGGUCACCUGCUGCAGCACUCCAUCUCUUUCUCACUCUCUCUCUGAUCUUCAUCUUUUUCCUUGUUCACAGGAUAAUACCACAUAAUGACCAUAAGCACACCUCCAGGUUAACAGAAUAAACUUAAUCUUAAAAUAUCUAAUUCACUUUGAACAUAGAUGAUUUCGGGCACACAACACAAAAUAAUCAAUUGUACAGUAUUAAGACGUUGUCAAUAAUGUAGGUGAAUUAAUAAUUUUACAAUGACAUUAACAUUUUAAAACAUUUUGUUGACUUGAGUCUAAACAAUUCAACCAAAUGAAUGUCAUGUAAACUCUCUUUAGUGAACCUUAUUAAGACAGUAUUUUCUCUCUGUUGAAGUAAUGCCCACUAAAGUAAGUGGACAUUGAACAUUUCAGUCAGUGCUGGGAAAGUAAUGUGUGGCUCCAUGCAUUGUAAUAAACCGGCACCACAUUAGCUUUUAUUGCCCUCUAGUGGUGAUUCAUCUCAA